AUGCUUUUACGUGAGAUGAUGCCCGGCUAUCGACCCCCGAAUGGAGCAGUCCCGACUAACAUAGUUCGCUUUACCAGUCUACUCCCAACAGCGACCAGCUUUCUAUCCGUGCUCGGAAAUCCACUGAAUAUCAGUUUACUCGCCUCGCAGUUGCUCAUUGCCCCCGGAAUAUGGGAACGCCCAAUUGAUUUGCAAGCAUGUCGCAAGAUCCUGAGUGUGUUCAAUACAGCCGCCAUCUCCAUACUGCAAAGUGACACAGCGGAUGAGCCAAGAAUUUCAUAUGGACGACCACGGAAACUAGAACGCGAAGCAUGGGUCAAGGCUGUGGUCAAUGGAGCGGACGACAAGUCCCCACGAUGGAGACAUAUGCUCCUACUUGGAGGUAUUUUGCUUGGAUUCGAAGGGCAAAAUAGACAAGGACUGCCGUGGAAUAUCAGGAGAAAGCUUGAAUCGGCGCUUGUAACGGCAGCGCAACUGGCCCUUGAAGAGUUAGACCCGCGCGAUGACAGCAAUGGGCGCUGCAUUAUCAUGGUCUUGAAUUACACGUUUGAACUCUUGUCCGAUUCCGAAAGAACCAAGCUGGACUAUGAUCGCUUGCUGCCAGUGAUGAUUCAAGCGACUUACUAUUCACCGGAAGGCCUGGAGGGCGGGUAUUUUCUCGGUACCAUUGACAAGGACAUUGUUGAAGUACCGGGAAAACGAUUCAAAUGGUCGGCGCAAUCUGUGACAUUCGGCCACUUAUCAGCAAUGUCAUCGAGUCCUCUCAUAUCUGCAUUAGGGCCAUUAUCUCGAUUCAUUGCACAUGCGAUCGAAAAUGUUCGUGAUCCAGCGCUUGUUUCGCAAUCUGUGGAUCAAAUUUCGGAUUUCGCCAGGAUAUUGAUGGUGCAGUGGCGCCAGAAUAAGCUAUCGGAAAUUGAUUUAGCUGAAGAAGCGGAAUUCUUGGACCCUGACUCGCUGAAGAAUACUAUACCAAUGCUAUGGAAGGUGCUCCGAAACUCUUUGUAUUCGGCUGUCAUCGUGCUCCGAGCCGUGCUGGGGAGAGUAAUCAACGAUAAAGUGCUGGCUGCUGGUCGAAGUGCGCCUUAUCUGUCGAUGCAAGCUCUCCAUAUUCUUAGAAGCCUCUAUUUCGUGUCAUCUCGAAUCAGCCAAAACUCGUCUUCUCAACAUAUGUUUGUGACACUUACAGCUGUCGACAUCCUCGCUCAGUAUCCGGAUCUGGCAGAGAAUCUCCUGAGAAGCGUAAAACCAGGAGACCUUGGCCAGAUCCCCGCGCAUCCCGUCGAGAGGUGUCUUGACCUUUUCUUUUUGAACACAGCCGAACUGUUCACCCCAGUCCUGUCCCCCCAAUCAAGCGAAGAACUUCUAAUUUCUGCGGCGCUUCCAUAUCUUGCAGCUGGUGGAAACAACAAUCUUCUUGAGAUAUUCGAAGCGGCGCAUAGUGUGUUUCUUGCUGUGGUCGCAAUUCCUGGAAACGCAACCAUCGCAGCCAAACAUCUCCCGUUUUACGUGGACAAUCUUUUUGCUGUAUUUCCCCACAACCUGUCUGGACGCCAAUUCCGUCUUGCUUUCAAGACGGUCAUACAAUUGACUGCACCCCCGUCUCUCAUUGCAAAUAGCCAGCCUCUUCUACCCUCCGUUUUAAUAGAGAUUCUACAUGAUCGGGCUCUCAAUGCGUCCCAAAAGGCACUCCCUCAAUCUUCGCAGGGCGGAGCGGCUACAGAUAUGAGCAAAAUGCCGCCGCUUUCUGAACAAGCUUUCCUUACACUCGCUCUGAUCGAUUCCCUCUGUUUCCUGCGCGUGGAAGAUCUGGAGGAAUGGCUUCCUCUCACGGCCCGCCUGAUAAAUGUAUUAGAAGGACCUGAGAUGCGGAGCGCUUGUGUCGAACGGUUCUGGGAGGCCCUGAGCAGUGGAGAGAUGGAUGUUGACCGCGCCCACUACUGUGUUACGUGGUGGAGCACCUUGGGUGGACGCGAGCUCGUUCUAUUCGGCGCAGAACCUGGUGCGCUCCCAGAAUCUGAUUACAGCCCGGAUGGACCAUAUAUGAGUGGUGCGAUUGGGGCGGUUGCGCCGGAGAGUAAACUUUGA